CGAGAUUCCUUCGUAUUGAUAACAAGAAAAAUGUGACAGAAUAAGGGAACCACUAGAGACGGGGUACAGAUCGAAACAAGUUGUUCAGAGUAUUAAGCCGACAAUCACAAAAGUUGACCUUACAAACAGGGUACGCCAACGCUGAAAUACAACGUUGAAUUUUGGAAGAAUUUCAUUUUUGGCAAACGAAAGUUACAGUGACGUCACACACACAAAAAAAAAACCGGUAUCUAAGAAAGAAAAAAAGGAAAGAAAGAAGACUUCUUUGAUUUUAUUAUCCACCAACAUGAAAUGGCUAAAAAGCUGGUAGUCAUGUUGAGAAGGAGAAAAACUGCCCCACCAGAAUACUACGAUGCAUGUUUGAAUGGAUUGGGUGAAGAUGUUCUACAGAUUAUAGCAACAGAGAAAAGAAAGCCAGAGAUAAAAAGCACAAAUUCAUCAGAUGAUUUGCAUCGUUAUAAGAAGAAGAAGACUGAAGAACAAAGUGACAUUUCAAAACUCUCACAUAAAGCAAAGUUUUCUCUUUCCAUAGCAAGUCGACUAAUUGGGAAACGACUUUCUGCAUCUCGACAACUCCUUGCUGCUGGACAGGUAUGGAAACAUACGGUUCCCAGCCAUGACUGUGACGUCGUGGUUACGUUUCCAGCUAAUGUCAAUGAAACCACAUUAGUCUGGUUAUUGACAAAAUUAAGAACACGCUUAUCAGAUGUCACUGUUGAAGUUCGCCAUCAUCGGCAUUCUGGAGUUUACGUCUUUUACUUAACUGCUCCGUAUGAAAACCUACUAAAAGGUGCUGAACAGUUGAGGUUACGAAAACGACUAAAACCAGUUUUUGGGGGUGGUAUGAAAGAGUUUGUGUUUGAAGAACAAGAUUUCUUUGAAAAUGUGGAAGAUUCUGACAACUUUUUUAGCUCACAGGAGAGACAGAGUAUUGUUUUACACCUUCUCCACAGCCUAAGAGCAGACGAAGGAGACCACCUUCACUGUAUUAAUUUUGUAGAAGGACAGUCCGUCAUUCCUAAAUGUCUAGCUACAGGAAUUAUCAGCCAAAUUUUGCCCCUACAUAAUAGUGAAGCUUUAACAAGACUGAAGAAAACUUGGGUUCAAGCUUUCUUCCGAUAUCAACCACUGGAUGACAUCUGUGAUUAUUUUGGAGUUAAAAUAGCAAUAUAUUUUGCCUGGCUAGGCCAUUAUACUAAAGCUUUGACAAUCCCUGCUGCUUUUGGGUUUUUCUUGUGGAUGUGUUAUCAUGGACGUGACCAG